UUGGCAACGGCAAAGGGGCCGGCAGCUCAGGGUCCUCAGACGCCAGUUCCAGCUCCGAGUCAGAGGGGCCGCCGCCGGAGGGCCAGAAGGCCAAGGCCCACAGAGGGCCGCCGCCGCCGCCGCCAGCAGAGGCCGAAGGGGAGAGCGCCAGCGGCCUCAUCACGCAGGAGGGCAUCCACAUCCCCUUUGAGCACCACAUCGAGAACCUGACCGCCGAGCAGGGCUCCGCCCUGUGCCACCACCCGCCCCUCGGCAGCCCCGAGGCGGCCCUGGAGACGGUGGUGUGCGUGCCCGUCCCCGUGCAGAUGGGCUCUGGCCACGGGCCCCUGUUUGAGAACGUCGCGCGGGAGGCGCUCGGGGAGGGGGUGGCCGGCUGCCCCGUGCAGGGCGUGCUGCAGGGCUCCCAGGUGAUCAUCAUUGCCGGGCCCGGCUACGACGCCCUGGCCGCUGCCGCCGCCGCUGAGGGGCUCCAGCUGAACGUCACCAGCGCAGGAGGGGAGGAGCUGCCCUGCGCCAUGAUCGAGGGGGUGGCGGCGGCCUUUGCGCAGGCGGAGCCCGAGAGCCAGCAGCUGAGCACCACGGAGGGCGUGGAGUACGAGGGGACAAAACAAGAAAAUGAGGAGCUGCUGGAGCUCAAGAAAGAGGAGCCUCAGCCCCCGGAAGAGACAGACCCCCCCAGUGACUUGGAGGUGGCCGGUGACGGUGCGAUUGGGGAGCCGGAGCCCGAACCCGAGGAGGAAGAGGAGGAGGCAGAGGGCCACCACGGAUCCUCCAUCAUCUACGAAAUCCCAAAGGAGCCGGAAAAGAGGAGGCGGAGCAAGCGGGGUCGCAUGACAGAUGCAGACGGCAUGCUGGAGAUGUUCCACUGUCCCUACGAAGGGUGCGCCCAGGUCUACGUUGCGCUCAGCAGUUUCCAGAAUCACGUCAACCUGGUUCAUCGGAAAGGGAAGACGAAGGUGUGCCCCCACCCCGGCUGCGGCAAAAAGUUCUACCUGUCCAAUCACCUCCGGAGACACAUGAUAAUUCACUCAGGUGUGUUGCCGGUCCCCGCGGUUCUUUGGCUGGGUGGCAGGAGCAGCGCCAGGGCGGUCCCAUGUGGGCUCUCUGCGGCUGCCCCUCUCUCGUCCCUCCUGACUCUCCCCCCCCCCUGCAGGUGCGAGAUCUGUGGCUACCAGUGUCGGCAGCGGGCCUCCCUCAACUGGCACAUGAAGAAGCACACCUCUGACGUCCACUACAACUUCACCUGCGAGCACUGCGGCAAGCGCUUCGAGAAGCUGGACAGCGUCAAGUUCCACAAACUCAAGAGCCACCCGGACCACAAGGCCGCCUGACCGGGCCACGUGCCACGUUGUCUUUUGCACCGCCCGAGGCUCCCAACCAGGCGUGGGUGCUUCCGGCACUCUGCCCCCGGCCGGGCAAGGAAGGGAGGCGUCCCCGGGGCUCCGUCCGGCCAGGGAACGCUUUGAAGAGCAGACAGCCGACCUGCCGCUUGCGUCAGUCUGGGUGUGUGCAAGUGCCGGUUCCUCUAGCCCUGGGCAGAACUCAGAAGUGUCCACAGAGCGCCAGGCCGCCCUUUCCCUGUGGCUGGAGAUGGCUGCGCUCCAGCCAGAAAGGGGGAGGAGGAGGAGGAGCCCCUCAGCCGAUCGCAAGCCUCGGUGCUGUGCCGUGCGGAGCCCAGGGCCCGGCCACCAGCCACGGGGUCCUUCCUCCUGUUUGGAGGCUCUCCGAGCUGCCUCAGCGUGAGCGUCUUGUGCCCGUGGGUGACCGUCCGCGGCGGCGCUCCGGCUGGCUGCAUUUGUCGCUCCAGGCUUGCCAAUGCACAGACGUGGUCGGACCUGCCGUUUAUCCGGCCCUGCGGUCGGGAGCGGCUUCCUCUCCCUCGGCUUUUCGGGGCCGCCGCCGUGGGGAACAGCCCAGACCUAGCCCGAGAACUUGAGCGCCCCACGAGCGUGGACCAGCCUUCUGGAGCGCUCCUGAGGAAGAGGAGCCCAAAGG